UUUGACAUAAGCCCUUCUCUUACAAUGGUUUCACUACUGGCGAGAAUUCAAAGACGCUUCCAGAGAGAUUUGUCCCCCUAAAACCCUAGAGGAGUUGUAUACAGAUACGGACCACAUGGCUUUCCUAAGUAAAGUUGGAAAGAUAAUUAGGCAGACCAGCGCCCAUGUCACUGCCUCUAACUCGAUGCUACAGAGCAUCCGGUGCAUGUCUUCUUCUAAAAUCUUUGUUGGAGGUAUCUCCUACAGCACUGAUGAGUUUGGCUUAAGAGAAGCUUUUAGCAAAUAUGGAGAAGUUGUUGAUGCGAAAAUUAUCGUCGACCGUGAAACUGGUAGAUCGAGGGGCUUUGCUUUCGUGACAUUUACAUCUACCGAGGAGGCUAGUAACGCCAUGCAAUUGGAUGGACAGGACCUUCAUGGUCGAAGGAUUAGGGUGAACUACGCAACUGAAAGGGGAAGUGGGUUUGGAGGAAGGGGAUUCGGUGGUCCUGGUGGUUAUGGUGCUCCAUCUGGUGGUUAUGGAGGUGGUGGUGGCUACGGAGGAGGUGCUGGUGGUUAUGGAGGCGGUGGUUACAAUGCUCCAGCUGGCGGUUACGGAGGUGGCCCGUCUUAUGGAGGAAAUGCUGGUGGUGGUGGUUAUGGAGGUAACUCUCCUUAUGGUGGCAAUGCCGCUGGUGGUGGAUAUGGUGUUGCUGGGGGUGUUGGUGGAAGUGACAACUUCGCUCAAGGCAGUUCCUCUAAUGCUGGAUUUGAUGACAAGUUUAGCAGCAACGAAGCACUAGGCAAUGAUACGGAUCACCAGCUCGAAAGCGCGGGCGUUGAAGAACAGUUUGGUGGCAGUGACAAUCAGUUUGGUGACUCGGAUAAUGGGCAAACAGAGGUUGGCGGCCCAGACGGGUUUGAUCAGACUGACGACGGAGAUGUUGCCAAGAAAGCUUAGCCUCUACUCAUUUGUGUCCUGGAACUUUUCGUUGCAGCUUCAGAAUAAACUUAUGGAAGUUUAUCAGUUUCUGUUUUUCAACGUUUGGUGUUGUUUUAUCAUGCAGAGACCUCUCGCUUUCUUAUGUUUUGUGUCACUUGAGGCCCGCAAAUAAAAGUUGUAAUAACUUGUAACA